AUGAAUUUUGAGCAAAUCGAAACAACGGAAAGAGGUGCCGGAAUCUCGGAAGACGACUGGAAUGAUGAGUUCGAAGGAUGCGAGUGCGAGAAAGAGUGUUCCACAGAAAGCAACUGUUCCUGUCUGAUGGGCGGUUCGGACAACUAUACCGAAGAGUCCCGCAUCCGCCCGUCCGAAAACUCGCUUCUCGUCGAGUGCUCCGCCAAUUGCUCCUGCUCCCUUCUCCCGAAUUCGUGCAGAAAUCGGGUGCUUCAAAACGGAAUUGUGAAAAAGUUAAAGGUAAAGAGAUUUGGACGUCUUCUGAAGGUUUAAUCAUUUCAGAUUUUCAGCACAUCUGAGAAAGGAAGCGGAGUGAAAGCGGGAGAAUCGAUCGGAAACGGAGAAUUCGUGUGUGAAUACGCAGGCGAAUGCAUCGGAGAAUCUGAAGUGGAGAGACGAUGUCGGCAGUUUCAGUGGCACGACAAUUACACUUUGACACUGAAAGAGCACUUUGGAAGUGAGUGAGAAUACAAUCUUUGAUGUGCUCUAAACAAUUGGUUUUCAGGUAAAACGAUCAAAACGUUCCUGGAUCCCCGCCUGCGCGGCAACAUUGGCCGAUUUCUGAAUCACAGCUGCGAUCCGAACUGUGACGUCGUCGUCGUCCGGUUGGGGAGGAUGAUUCCGACCGUUGGAAUAUUUGCGAAUCGGUAAAGAAACAUAGAUUUUCGUUUCUGUGAACGCCUCAUUUUCAGGGACAUCUCUGCCGGAGAAGAGUUGUGUUAUGACUACGGAAGCUCUGCGAUGGAAGGAGAUGAUCGCAAAGUGUUCGUGACGAAAUUCAAAUCAGAAAACAAUACAAUUUUUUGUUUCAGGUGUCAUUGCAAAUCGGAAAAGUGCCGAAAGUACCUGCCCAUGUCAGCGACGCCGAUUGAAUAA